AUGGUCGAUGACCUCGAGAGUCGUUGGCUUCAUGGAAGAGAUCGUUUUGAUUUCGUCCAUGCUGCUGCUCGACACACAUCGGUGGCUGUCAAAAAUAUGCCAAAAUCAAUCCAGCAAGCAUAUGAGUCUAUGAAGCCAGGCGGAUGGAUCGAGAUACAAGAGAUGUUUCACAAAGCACACUGCGAUGACUCCACAAUGCCCGAAGAUUACCUGGUCCAGCAAUGGCUGAUAUACGUCGCAGAAGGCCUUGCAGUCCUUGGUCCUGACCUUCUUGGAGCAGUUAAAAAUGUAAAGUACCUUCGUGAUGCAGGUUUUGUCAAUAGAAAAGAAGACAUUCAAGAUACCAAUUGGAACGUGGCCAAAGAACAAGACUAUGAGAGUAGUUGGGUUAUAUGGAAGGACUAUGAUUUAUGA